AUGACGCAAGUGGAGAAAGUAAAGGAAGGACAAGGGAGUAGUGUGCAGCACGGUCCAGCACAGCCCUGUUGUUUGAGGUCCAUAGUCCAGACCUCCCUCGCGCCAGGAAAGGAUCCGGGUGCGUGCGCCAUGACCAGUGCAAGGCACCAGUCAGCACGCAGCGAGGCCGCGCCCGGAUCCACCGGUUCGAGCUCAACGGGGCAAUGGAGGGCCAGAGCGGCCCUCCACCGUCGCCUCACUUUCGAAAAGACGGUGAAAUCAGCAGAGCGGGUGAGUGGCAAGCACUCCCUACCCACCUCCCCCCAGGCCUAUUGCCACAGCUGGGCGCCCCGGUGA